AUGAUGACUUGUUGGUUUUCUUGUGCAGCUGAAGACACACUGAACACAGACUGGAACAAAUAUGAUGACAGAUUAAUGAAAGCAGCUGAAAGGGGCGAUGUGGAAAAGGUUUCAUCAAUCCUUGCCAAAAAAGGAGUCACUCCUACUAAACUGGAUGUGGAAGGGAGAUCUGCAUUCCAUGUUGUAGCGUCAAAGGGAAACCUGGAUUGCUUGAACACCAUCCUUAUUCAUGGAGCUGAUAUCACAGCUACUGAUGCUGCAGGUAGAAAUGCAUUGCACCUAGCUGCAAAAUACGGACAUGCUUUAUGUUUGCAGAAGCUGUUGCAGUACAAUUGUCCAACGGAGAAUGUGGAUCUUCAAGGAAGAACUGCUCUUCAUGACGCAGCUAUGUCAGACUGUUCCUCUAGCAUACAACUACUGUGUGAUCAUGGGGCCUCAGUGAAUUCAAAAGACGGAGAUGGGAGGACACCACUAGUGCUGGCCACUCAGAUGUGUCGUCCCACAGUUUGUCAGCUUCUGAUAGACAGAGGAGCAGAUGUUAAUGCCAGGGACAAACAAAACAGGACUGCCUUAAUGUUAGGCUGUGAAUACGGCUGCAAGGAUGCAGUAGAAAUUUUGCUCAAAAAUGGUGCGGAUGUUAGUUUGACUGAUGGCCUUGGUCAUGACUGUGCUUACUACGCCAGAAUUGGUGACAAUAUUGACAUUUUGGCUUUAAUAAAAGCUGCUGUUGAGGACUCCAGCAAAGCAAGAGAUACCAUGAAGAAAGGGCAGCCUGAACAAAAGUGGAAUUGGCUGCAUGCGCAGGAGGAGGUGAAUGUCAAGCUGUAUCAGAAGGAACAUAAUGCUCAGGAAUUGGAGUUAGAAAAUCAAGAUUUGAAAGAUCGAAUGAGAGAAGUGCAAGAGGAGCAAAGGAUGCUGCUGGAUAGAAUCAGUGGGCUACAACUACAGUUGAAUGAGGAGCAAAUGUUUGCAGAUGAUCUUGAAAAUGAGAAAGAUGAGUUGAAGAAAAUCCUUACUACCAAGGAAAAACAGCAGGAAGAAAGUUUAAGAACUAUUGAAGCUCUCAAAGCUAGACUCAAAUACUAUGAAGUUGACUUUGUGGGAUCUGGAAGUAACUUUGGUAAUAGAAAAGAAGAUUUAUUACUUAAGCAAGGCCAAGUGUUUGCUGUGGAAUCACAGUGUGUAUCCAUUUUUGUGCCAAUUUAUCUUCAGUCUAGAUCUAUGCUGAGACCCCUGGAGCUCUCCCUGCCUAACCAAUCAUGCAGUUCAGAGAAGGAAACUUUAAAGAAAGAACUUGACAACAUGAGGACCUGCUACAGUGCAGCAAAAGAAGAAAUCAGCAAAUUGCAGAGAGAACUGUCUCACAAGGUAUCUGAAUGUAAAGCUUUGGCAUCAGAGUGUGAAAGAACCAAGGCGGAAUCUGAUGGACAGAUAAAACAACUGGAAGACGCUUUAAAAGAUGUACAGAAAAGAAUGUUUGACUCUGAAGGCAAAGUUAAGCAAAUGCAGACCCACUUUCUUGCACUGAAAGAUCACCUGACUAAUGAAGCUGCUUCGGGAAACAGUCAGCUAACAGAGGAGCUGAAGGAUCAGCUGAAAGAAAUGAAAACGAAGUAUGAAGGAGCCUCUGCUGAAGUGGGAAAACUAAGGAACCAGAUUAAGCAGAAUGAAUUGCUGGUGGCAGAAUUUAAGAGAGAUGAAGGAAGGCUAGUGGAGGAAAAUAAAAGGUUGCAGAAGGAACUUGUUAAGUUGGAGAUGGAGAGAGAUAAAAGGGGAAGAAAUGUCAUGGAGUUAGAAGGGCAGCUCAAAGAAGCAGCAGCAAAGUUAGCCCACUCUGUAACUUCAGAGAAAUUUGAAAACAUGAAGAGUUUGUUAUCAAAUGAAGUGAAUGAGAAAGCAAGGAAGUUAGCAGAGAUGGGAGGAGAGCAUGAAAAACUGCAGGCAGAGAUUCUGCUUUUAAAGAGGGAAUCUGAGAGUCAGAAAGCUAAACUUGCUCAGCAUGUAAAGCCAGAAGACCACGAACAAAUGAGGAGUGGGUUUGAGCAAAAAAAUGAGGAACUUGGGAAGAAAAUUUCUGAAUUAUCACAGAAGAAUCAGACUCUGCAGAAGGAACUUGAAAGAUUGCAGAUCGAUAACAAGAUGCUUAAGCAGCAAAUCCAAAUGCUAAAAACUGAAAUUAAAAGCCAGAAUGUGCCUUUAAAAAUUCAUGAAGAAUUGAAGAAAACAAAUGAUCUGACUGUUGGUGACCUGACCAAAAAGCUUUUUGAAAUAACAAAAAAGUACAAUGAAAGCAAAGCAGAAGCUGAAAAGUUGCUGGCAGAGAAGAACAACUUAAGUGAGAAUAUCAGCCACUUCCAAGCUGUGUACCUGUCUCCAGAGCAGCACAAAAAAGAAGUGGAAGCUUUAAAAUCUAAUGGCAUUGAACUUGAAAAGCAGCUUGCUGAGUUUCGGAAAAAAUAUGAUGAUGAACAAGCAAAAGUGUGCAAACUAGUCUCUGAAAACGCAGUCAUAAGAGAGACUCUUAGGGAUCAGUAUGUGUUGGCUACAACACACGAAGAGAUUAAAACAGUCUUGAAUAACACACUAGAAAAGACUAACAGGGAGCUGUCAGAUCUGAAGGAACAAACUGAAGAGAUGAAGCAAGAAUUCAUGAGGGUAAAUGAAGAAAAUGGAACUUUGAAAAAUAAGGUGAAACUCUUACAGAAUCAAUUACAAACUGAGUAUAUAAGUUUAAAAGAUCAUGAAACUACAGUGACUACUUUAAAUAAAAGCAUGCAAGAACUUCAGGAGAACAGUGUUGUGAUUAUGGCUGAAUAUAAGAGGGGUCAAGAAGAAAUUUUACAGUUGCAUGCAGAAAUUGAAGCCCAAAAGAAAGAACUUGACACAAUUCAAGAAUGCAUUAAGUCAAAAUAUGCCCCAGUUGCCUCCUUUGAAGACAGAGAACUAAGCUUUGAAGCCACAGUGAAAGAAUUAAAAGCGCAGUUGCACGAGCAGGCGCAGAAGUGCAGAGAAAGUGAGGAGGAAAACAAGAAGUGCAAAGAGGAGAAUGAAAAGCUCAAAAAUGGCAUUUUGUCCAUCCAAAAUGACUUGCAGCAGAACUAUAUCCUUGCUGAGAAGUCCCGUGAAAUGGAAAAAAUGUUUGCGAGCAAAAUGGAGGAGUUGAAUAAGCAAUUAAGAGAAUUACUGCAGAAAUACACAGGCCAAAAAGAAGAGAAGGAUGAGCUGCAAGACAGUACCAAGCAGCCCAUAAUUAUGCAGGCUCAGCAUCUUUCAGUAGAACAAAUUGAAGCCUUGAAGAAGGCUCUUGGUCACACUAUAGAGGAUCUAAGGGAAGCCCUCAGAAGUAAGAAGGAAUGUUAUGACAAAGAAACACUAAAAGUAUAGGAAUUGUCACAUCUAAAAAAAUCUUCAAUACCUUUGGUAGAAUAUACGCAAAUGAAGGAAAUGCUAGAACAAGAAAUUGUAGCAACCAAAAACAGCUUGAAAGAAAAGGAAGAAGAAAACCAAGUUAAAAAUGAGGAAAUCUUGAAGUUGCAGUCUGAGAUUCAGCUUACUCAGCAAGCUUUAACAGACCUGGAGAGCAAAGAAGUGAUUGACAUAUCAGAAUACAAAACCAUGAAAAGUACUCUGGAGGCCCAGAUUAAUAGCAUAGCUGAAAAUUUGUCCAAUAUGAAUAAAAAGUACGAGGAAGCAUGUGAGGAGGCUUUGCAAGCUAAAAAGAGUGAGGUUUCUUUAAAGGAUGAAAAGGAGUUGCUUCAGUUACGGAGUUGCAGUAUUGAGCAAGAAAUCAAAGACCAGAAAGAAAGGUGUGAUAAAUCAUUGACAACAAUUAUUGACUUGCAGAAGAGAAUACAGGAAUCUGCAAAGCAGGUGGAAGCCAAGGAUAACAAGAUAACAGAGCUGCUUAAUGACGUAGAGCGGUUAAAACAAGCUCUUAAUGGCUUGUCUCAACUUACAUAUACCACUGGGAUUCCGUCAAAGAGGCAGAACCAGCAGGUUGAAAUGCUCCAGAACCAAGUGAAAACACUACAACAACAGCUAGCUGAUGCUAAAAGACAGCAUCAAGAGGUAGUUUCAGUUUAUCGGACACAUCUUCUUAGUGCUGUACAGGGUCACAUGGAUGAAGAUGUCCAAGCUGCUUUACUACAGAUCAUUCGAAUGAGACAGGGACUUGUUUGCUGACGUGCUUAGUGCCAUUGCUCUUGAAGGCUGCUGCAUCUUGUAGGAGUGCUGUGAUUACAGUAGCGAUAACCUUCGUGAGAUUUAUAUAAUUAUGAUAAUAUAGCUGCAAUUAGAGCCUCCAAAUAUGAAACAACUUACAAAGCUCAAAAAUUUUCUUCUUGUAAAAACAGUAAAAUGAGGCUACUAAGUUUCAGAUCUGACACUUCUUUCAUUGGCUUAAUAAAAGAUGUAGAACGUCUUUUAAAAUUGGUAUACAAGCUGACUGUCAAAAUGAUGACAUAGUAGUUAAAUUAUUUUAAUGUCUGAUUGACCACUUAUUAAAGCAAGGCCUAUACCCAGAAACUCCAGUUUAUCUUAUAACUUGAACUCUCGUGGUAUGGUUAAAAAUAAACUAUGCUCAAAUGA